CAGCCAGUCAGUGCGCGGUGAGGCGCGCCCGCUGCCACACGCCAUGCUUCUACCUCAGGGAAACCUUACGGACGGUGAUGACGUACCCGAAAACACAUUUUCGUUGCUAUCGGCCUGCUGUUGUUCAUAUUAUUUUUCCUGUCGGUCGCUGGCAAUAUUUUGGUGUGUGUCGCGAUAUACACAGACAGAGGAUUACGCAGGAUUGGAAAUUUAUUCCUCGCGUCAUUGGCUAUCGCUGAUUUAUUCGUUGGUUUUCUUGUCAUGACCUUUGCUGGGGUCAACGACCUCCUCGGAUACUGGGUAUUUGGACCACGUUUUUGCGACACUUGGGUCGCUUUUGACGUCAUGUGCAGCACCGCUUCCAUCCUCAAUCUAUGCGCCAUUUCGCUGGAUAGAUACAUACACAUUAAGGAUCCUUUGAGGUACAGUCGAUGGGUAACACGCAGAGUGGCAGUUGGUAGCAUAGCAACAGUCUGGCUACUUGCAGCCCUCAUAUCAUUCGUGCCAAUCAGUUUGGGUCUCCACAGGCCAGCUAUGCCGCUAGUUUACAGCGAUGGGGAAAAGGAAUAUCCUACGUGUGCAUUGGAUUUAACGCCGACGUACGCGAUGGUGUCUUCUUGUAUUUCAUUUUACGUGCCUUGUUUCGUUAUGGUUGGAAUAUACUGCAGACUUUAUUGCUACGCCCAAAAACACGUGAGGAGUAUCCGGGCGGUAACGAAGUUACCGGAAACUUCAUUGGCAAAGAGUUUUCGCACAAAGAGCAGGAGGACCAAAGCGCCAAAGCCACAAACGAAACCAAAACCCACCAGCCCGUACCAUGUGUCUGACCACAAGGCCGCUAUUACCGUGGGCAUAAUCAUGGGGGUUUUCCUAAUUUGUUGGGUACCAUUUUUCUGCGUCAACAUCGUCGCUGCUUUUUGCAAAACUUGUAUAAGCGACAGAACAUUUCAGGUACUGACGUGGCUCGGUUAUAGCAAUUCUGCAUUCAACCCUAUAAUCUACAGCAUUUUUAACACCGAAUUUCGGGAGGCUUUCAAAAGGAUUUUAACAAGAGGUGGUAGAGCACGAUGUAAUCAACCAUCUACCAGUGAAUGUGGUGAAUUUCGAUCAGUGAUCGUUCAAAAACGGAAUGGUUCGAUCGUAGAAUGCAAUAUCAGUCCAAGAUCGAGCGCAGACAGUUGUCAAGUAACACCUGGAGCGAAUAAACAUCGAGAUACCAUAGUCAGCGCUAUAUAAAUUCAAUUAUAUCGUAGAUUAAUUCGUACAUAUAUCGUUUCGGAUAUCAUAGUAUAAUCGAUGUAAAACAUAAAAAUAGCAGAAAAGAAGUUCUUUGUUUUUUUUUUAUUAUUUUUCGUCUAUUUUUUUGUUCAAUUUUUGCUCUGCAAUUAGAUAGAAACAGAUUGUAGAUAUCUAUCGGUUAUCAUAUAAGUAGUCUAAUAAAUAUUAGCGCGAUAUCGUGUCCAAUAUAUGAAUAUAGUUCAUAUCAAAUAUACUUUUUAAAGAAGUAUCUAUAUAUAAUAGACAAAUAUUGAAUCAAUUAAUAUAACUGUGUAGCGACAUUCAAUUACUUUGAUCACUAAAAUUUGAUUGCCAAAAUUGAAUGAUCAUUUAACUGUCGUCGAUAAUAGUGUACCUUCGGUAAACAAUUCAAACUAUUCAUAUCACUCGAGUCAUCCAAAGACUUAAAUUGUGUAAAAAUAAUUCAUCAAAGUUUAAAGAAAUGUUACUUUCAGUUGGGGAUAUUAUAUACUCAUUAAAAUUGGUAGAGUCGUGCAGUUAGGAUUAAUUAACACACAACAGUUAUUAGCGAGACAAUCAUGUAAAAAAUUAGUUCGAGACGUAUCCAAAAUCCGUUCAUUACAAAAAAAGACCAUAUACAUAUAUGUAUGAACUAUCAUGAAUUGAAUAGACAUGUUUUAAUUCGAUUAUGGAGUAAAUUAUCAUAUCAAGAAAUAUGUGAAUAGAUAACUGUAACUCUAAUAGUGAAUAUUUAACUUCGAUACUAAUUGAGGCAGUAUUAAAAGUUGGUGACGUGAUGUAUUUUUUUUCGUUUGUUUUUUUAUUAUAUUACUUCCAUUGCUUAUCUGUGAAAUAAUAUACAUUGUGAAUGGUGAAUAUUUGGUAUGAAUUUCUUGAAAAUAUGCGAUUGUACAUAUUUCUUAACUUUAAUAUAAGAUUAAUUUCUAUUUUGAAGAGUUUUAAUGAUAAUUAUUUAUUUGUAACGUUGGGGUGAUAUCGAACAGGAAUCCAGGAUAUAGGUAUUUUUCAUUUCAUAUAUUGUACAUAGUCAUUUAUUUAUUUUUCUAUGUGGUAAAAUAAGUGAGAUAGGAGCAAUUAUAAAUUAUCGAUAGAGCAAUAUUCCACCUAAGUAAAAAGUAUUAUGUCAACUAUAAAUCGCACCAAAGUUAAUGUCUAAGUCCAUUUGAUAUAAAACACCAGAACAAAGUAAUUGUCAAAGAGUAAUGAUAUUGGAGCAAGGAUAUCCGCUUAUUCAAAUUAGUUUGAACGGGUGGAGAUGUGUGUCGGAAAUAAAAUCAGUUUCUACUGAUUUACUUGAUAUUUGAAAUAAAU